AUGCCCACUGCUUCGGCCAGUGCUCCUGCCAGUGCGUCAGCUACUGCGAUACCCACUGCCACUGCAGCAGCGGAGGCCACUACAGCAACACCUACGAUGCUUCCGCCACCUGAAGGGACCUUCAACACCCGGGAGCAGCUGCCUGGACUGGGUCAAUGGGCCUUCCAUGCAAGCAUCGUAUAG